GUCAAUGACAGUUCAGUACUUGUUCUUGCUGUUGUGGUCUCUUUAGUUUAGUGGACAAUUGCUACAGUUAACAGAAUGAGUAAACGCAAGAUUUUAAAUAGCAUUGAAAACAAUGGAGAUUCCUCAAAAAGUGAUUCUGACAGUGAUUGUGAACUUUCUGCAUACGAAAAAUUGAGAUUAAAAAAUAUUGAGGAGAGAAAUAACUUGAUGAGGAAUCUUGGUAUAGCUAAAGCAGUUGAAGAAUUUAAUGAAGUUUUGUCAAAACCUAUCGAUUCUCCUAAACCUCGUAAGAAAUCGACGACACCUAGGGCUAAAAGGAUACGGGUGGCUGAAGUUCCUCCCAGAGAGCCAUCGAGAAGACUUAGAAAAAUGAAGGCUGAUGCUACUUCCUCUAUUAAAGAAGAACCAAUUACUUAUGAAGAAGAAGAAGAGGAAGAUAAGAGAUUAUUAGAUUCAUUACCUAUGGCUUUGGAAGACCAGCAGUCAAAAGAUUUUUUAAAUAUGAUGAUAGAUAUUAAGGGAGAAGUUGUAUAUGAUCCUCUUAUUAAUCUAAAAGAUUGCAACAUAGAUAGGCUUCAAGAAGCUAUGAUGUGUCUCAAGAUGAAUCAUGAACCUCAUAAAGUUGUACCAAAAAGAAUACAAUCCUUAUUGGUUCAUCCUAUUGUAACCAAAAAACUUAUAUUAGCAGGCAGUUGCGCAGGUCAUUUAGGAUUGUGGGACUUGGAAGCUGAUAGUGUUUUUGAAUUCCAUCCUCACCGGUGUGCAACCAAUUGUCUGUCUGUGAAUCCUUAUGAUCAAACCAAGAUAUAUUCUACUAGUCUGGAUGGAACUUUUGUGUGCGCUGAUUUAGAGAGCUGUUUAUUCUCAAGUGUAUAUGCUACAGAUUUCAGUGAUAGGGUUCGUCAUUUAACAUGGCAUGAUCAACUUGAUGAUAAAACAUUUCUCAUUUCUCAUGGAGAUGGUAAAAUUGGUGUCCUUGAUCUUCGAAAUUCAAAAAAAAUUACUAAAUGGAUUCCUUGUUUUGAAAGAUCAGCAAGGACUGUACAACAUCACCCUAUCAGAAACGACUAUUUUUUGGUUUCUUCAGGAGCUGGAUCUAGUUGCAAUAUUUAUGAUAUCCGUCAGUGCAGUGCACAAAAAGCAAUACCAUUAAUUGAAAUGCAACAUAAUAAAGGAUUAACGAGUGCCUUUUUCUCACCUGCUGGAGACCAAGUUCUCUCCACUUCCAACGAUGAUUAUGUUAGAAUAUUUACAAUUCCUGAUCUCUGUAAAGCUUCAUUAAAAAAGGCAAUUCCUCACAACAAUCAUACGGGCAGGUGGCUUUCUGUUUUUAAAGCAAUGUGGCAUCCAUCAAGAAAUGAUGUGUUUUUUAUUGGCAGUCUUUUACAUCCAAGAAGGAUCCAGAUUUAUAAUAAUGAUGGGAAGUUGAUAUCGGAAUUGAGAAAUGAGGAAAUGACGACUAUUUCUCCAGUGUUAUCAGCCCAUCCUGUUCUACCACUGAUUGCUGGAGGAAACAGUUCCGGUAAAGUUCAUGCCUUUAUAGCACCAGAAAUAAAAAGUGAAACGAUGGAUUAAAUUUUAUAUUAAGACUUGUAUAUAGUGUAUUUACCUAAGCAAAUGUUAUUUGUAAAUAUAUUACAUAUUUUUCUUCAAAUGUUUUUUAUUAUAUUACGUAAAAAUUAAAAAAAAAAAAAAGGAUUAAUUUUUACAAACAAAUCAGUAUUUACCCAAAUAUUUAUUGGUUAUACACUUCAUUGUAAAAAAAAACCUGUACCACUAAUGACUCAUGAAGGGUUAUGGGUUCAGUCAUUAAUUAUAAAAUUACACUUUGUAAUUUUAUUUUUUUAAGUUUUUGUUUUUGUCAGAGAACAUAUGUUUUAAUUUAUUAUUUUUAAUAAAACAAAUCAGUUGUAAAUAACUUUUUUUUUCAAAUCUAUAUCGUUAACUGUAUAUUUAAAGCACUUUUCUGUUAUCAGCUUGUAUAUCAUUAUAUGUCUGUUGCCUUAAUCAUAUUUCCAAUGUACUAUAGUAGACAUAUGUUUAUUAGAUUUAUGAAUAUUUAAAAAUAUCUUGUCCAAAACAAAACAAAUGUAUUAUUAACUUGAAAAGUUAAAUUCAAAAUAAAUUAAUGAUUCUUUUAAAAUGUAAUACAAUAUUUUUUACCUAGCUAAAAAUAGUGAAUUUUUGAAUUUUGUAUCUUGCAGAGAUUUUAAUACUUCUUUUGUUUUUAUUACAUCUUGAAAAUAUUUAUUUCUUUGUGCAAGAGGAGGAAAAACAACCCUUCCUUCUUUCUUAUUUUGAUGAAACAAUAUUAAAUAUUUAUUAAUAAACAACUUUAAUUGUAUAAGCAGUUUACAAUAUUUUUUUCUUGCGUUAUUAUCAAUGAAUUUCAGUUUCUAUUUUCACUUAUCUAAACAUGAAUUAUAUAAGGAAGUAUUGAAAUCCGUAUACAUUUUUAAUUCUAGUUUUCAAUGGAAGUACUACCUGGUUACUGAAUUUAAGUAACCAAGUCUUGCAAAUCGUCUGUGAACAGCAUAGUUUAGAGAUGGGCAGGUGAAUCGAAUCAAAGAGUCCAUUCCUCUGAAAUAAUUGUACUUUGAAAAGUGAUUCAUGCAAAAGGAUCAUGUUUACUGCGAUUCUCGACAUCCCUAGAAAACUUUCUAGUUCUUUACCAAUUCUCACUGAAUUCAUUCUAGGAAAUCUUCCAGUCCUGUUCCAUUGUUUUCUAGUUCUUUACCAAUUCUCACUGAAUUCAUUCUAGGAAAUCUUCCAGUCCUGUUCCAUUGUUUUCUAGUUCUUUACCAAUUCUCACUGAAUUCAUUCUAGGAAAUCUUCCAGUCCUGUUCCAUUGUUUUCUAGUUCUUUACCAAUUCUCACUGAAUUCAUUCUAGGAAAUCUUCCAGUCCUGUUCUAUUGUUUGCUGGAUUCUUUUGGUUAUUUUCGGAAUCUUCUCUUCCAG